AUGGGUCACAAUCAGCCCUACAGUGCCAACUAUGUCGGAAUUGGAAACGAGAACACCUCGCAGACCUUUGGAAACAUUUCGAAUGGGUUUCUACUGAAAGGCGAAAGCAAAUCGCGGGACAGCGUACUUAUGGCAAGGGCUUGGCUCGACAAUUGCGUCUCGAGACAUCGCAAAUGUCCCAAAUCAGUAAAUCGUCGACUGCCAACACGUAUACUGGAUAUCGGAUUUAAAAGUGACGAUCCGGUCAAGCUGAUGACAACUUCCAACGUGGGUCCGGCAACGUACGCCUGCCUGAGCCAUUGCUGGGGCAAAAGCAAUCCGCUUUUGCUGACGCAGGCGAACCUCGAUAGUCUUCAUAAAGGCAUCCCAUAUCGUUCACUCCAGGAGACCUACAUCGACGCCAUAGAACUGACCCGCAAGCUGGGCAUCCGUUACAUAUGGAUUGACACGCUCUGUAUAAUCCAAAACAGCCCUGGCGACUGGAAAACGGAGUCCAGCAAGAUGCACGAAUACUACGGCAAUUGCUUCCUCUGCAUAGCAGCCACCAGUGCAGCCGACCACGACGGAGGAUGCAGAACGCGCGACCUCACAGUACAGCACGUGGGCCGGGGCGACGACGGUUGGCCUUAUUCCGUAUACGCGCGCCCAUUGAUCCCCCACAUCAAUCACUCAGGCAUGUACCCACACGAGCGCUACUUCCCGCUCUUGACGCGGGCCUGGGUCUAUCAGGAGCGCCGGCUGAGCUCGCGCGUUCUGCAUGUCACCGACGCGGAGUUGUUCUUCGAAUGCAGCAGCACCACGCACUGCGAAUGCGGCGGCAGCGACGGCGGGAACAACACUACCAGCGCCUGGACCAAGGCGGAGGAGACCUUCUUCGCCGCGCACCGCAGGGUCAAUCAAAUGCCAGACGGCCCGCUAAAGGGCGAGCAUGAGUGGCGGGCACACAUCCACGCCUACAGCACGCUCGACCUCACCAAGCAGUCCGAUCGCCUGCCAGCGCUUAGCGGCCUAGCGCAGUGGACGCGCUUGCGACGGCAGCAACUGGGCAAAGACCCCGGGCGGUAUCUAGCUGGGUGCUGGGAGAGCACCCUCAUCGACGACUUGUCAUGGGUUGUCGGGCACCAGCUCACCCGGUAUGAGGUUGACAAAGACGGUGGCUGGAGGGGCAUUCCCGGACUUUUUACCGCGGCAGGUUCGGACUGCAAUCCUUCCAAAAUGAAGCCAACCGAGUAUGUGGCGCCGUCGUGGUCCUGGAGCAGUGUGCUGGACCGGGUCAACUACGCGCCCUUUGGCCAUUCGGAAGCGCUUUGCCACAUCGAGGACGCCCACAUCGAGCCCGCAACGGAGGGGGGAGACCCGUACGGCCAGUUGAAGGACGGGUGGUUGAUCCUGCGUGCCAAGCUGCGGCCAAGCCGAUGGGUGACCCAGAAGAAGUUUUUCAACGGAUUCAGUACUUAUCUGACCGACAUUGCGGGCACGCAGCAGACGCUCAUGGGUCUCAAGAAGGACAAGGGCCUGCAGUGGUGGCGGGACUGGCGCGACGGAGACGGGUCGCGGCUGGACGGAGACCAGCGACUCUAUGUGAUGCCGCUAGCGUCGCGCAAGAUUUGGAGCAAUAGCGAGGGUGCCGAGUUCCAUCUCCAGUGGAUGCCGGGCAUACUCACUGUGACGGAGACUGCGUACCUGGUGCUGAGGCUCGUUGAGGGUGAGGGCGGUACGGAGGACCCCGGAGUGUACGAGAGAGUGGGAUGGGCAUCGUACUCCGGUGUGACAGGGGGUCCGGACUUCCGUGCGGACACCGUGAUGCGUCAGACCUUAAUCCCCAAGCCGAUUAUCUACAACACACCUCGCACCGACCUCACGUACGUCAGCCAAGACAACACGAACACUCUUAAAAUGCCGUCAAGACGUCUUCAGGACUAUUCCUGCCUCACCUUUGACUGUUACGGGACGCUUAUCGACUGGGAAAAUGGCUUCAUUGAGGCGUUUCGCUCUUUGACAAAUCGUCUCGACGCAAGCCACUCGUUACGUAAAGACCCGGCAGCUCUCUUAAAACUCUAUGGGCAGCAUGAACCACGUAUACAGGCUCAAUUCCCCACACUGAAAUACUCUGCCAUCCUGGAGAAGGUUUAUGAGCAGAUUGCCAGCGAGUGCGGUCUCGGCGAGGCUAUCACAGACGCAGAAAAGACGGCUUUCGGAGCUAGCAUUGGUACCUGGACUACCUUCCCUGAUACAAUUGAGGCUCUGCAACGGCUUAAGCGACACUUUAAGCUGGUCAUUCUAUCCAAUGUUGAUGAGGCGUCCUUUUCCCGGACUCUUUCGGGACCACUUUCAGGCGCCACAUUUGACGCCACCUAUGUCGCCGAAAAGAUUGGAUCUUAUAAGCCCGACCUGAGGAAUUUUCAAUACCUAAUUGACCACUGCAAGAGCGACCUGCAAGUGGAGAAAGGCCAGAUCCUGCACACGGCGUACUCGCUGCCCGCGGAUCUGAAGCCGGCCAAGGAGAUCGGGCUGACCGGAUGCCUCAUUGAAAGAUACCCGAAUGCAAUGGGUGGCGACUUUGAAAAAAUGAAAGACGAAGUUGCUGUGGAUUUCAGAUUCGCAACGUUGAAGGAUAUGGCUGACGAGGCGGAACGGUUGUUCUCGUCAUCCAGCUGA